AAGGGUUUAAAGGGUUAGCCAUGGAGGUAAUGGCGACCAGCUCAGCUCUGUGAGAAACGACAAAACUCGCCACCACUAAACCCUUUUCUUUUUUUAUCCCUUCCUUUUGAAGAGACGACGCAAAAUCCCUUCAAGCUGGGAAGACUAUCUUCACUUGCGGCCAUGGGGGUCUCUCUCCGCCACUUCUCUCCCUCUUCUUUCUGGGUCUCGCGCCGUCCUCGCGCUUCUUCUUCCGUUCUUUCGUUACUCGUUCCUCACCAUAGAAUCCUUACCAGAAAAGUAGUUAUCACAAAUGGAAAUGCUAGAUAUUGCACUGCUACAGCUUCUGGUGGUUCCCAUGGGUUUCAGCACUCAGGUCGUCAAGGGUCUUCUACCGUUGAGUUUAGUGGAGAGUGGAAACUUAGUGUUGGAUCUAAGACUGCCAUAAUGGUUCCACCAACUGUGAAACUAACCGGAGCUGUAAGUGCUUGGAGAAAAGGGGAAGUCAAUCAGGAUGAUGCUUCUGGUAACGGCAGUAACUAUUUCAGAAGCUUCGUCCCAAAGAUAGAUUAUGGAAACUACCAGACCUUGGAGAACCAGCUAGAAUCCAGAGGUGACGUUGUUACAACGGUUGAUAGAGAGAUGAAUGGCUUUGCGCUACAGAAGAGUCAAAGAGGACCUCUCGUAGCGUUGCCAAGGAAGAAUGUUAAGGCUGGGGAGAAGAUAGAUGACAAGAAUACGGUAACCAUUUCCAAAGUGGGAAAACGGACCGACCUGUCCAAAGUCCGUGCGAACCUCACAAAGAUAUAUAACAGGGUUCGUGUUGUGGAUAAUGUGUCUACCGCAAAGGAAAUUGUGGCUAAGCUCGUGAAUCAAUAUAGGGAUCUUGUCCAUGCUUGCGAUACAGAGGUGUCGAGGAUUGAUGUAAAGAGUGAAACACCUGUGGACCAUGGUGAGCUUAUAUGUUUCAGUAUAUAUUGUGGAUCAGAAGCAGACUUUGGAGAUGGAAAAUCAUGUAUAUGGGUGGAUGUUCUUGGCGAAAAUGGCAAGGAUGUCUUGGCUGAGUUUAAGCCUUUUUUCGAAGACUCAUCCAUUAAAAAAGUAUGGCAUAACUACAGCUUUGAUAACCACAUUAUAAGAAACUACGGAAUCAAGCUUUCUGGUUUUCAUGGUGAUACAAUGCGCAUGGCACGGUUGUGGGAUUCGUCUAGACAGACAUCGGGUGGUUAUUCUCUGGAAGCACUCACAAGCGACCCAAGAGUUCUCGGGGGAACUGAUACAAAGGAGGAAGCAGAACUAUUCGGUAAAACAUCAAUGAAGACGAUCUUCGGCAAGGGAAAACUGAAGAAAGAUGGAACCGAGGGGAAAGUGGUGGUCAUCCCACCUGUUGAAGAGCUGCAAAAGGAUGAUCGAGAAGCUUGGAUUUCCUACUCUGCGCUGGAUUCGAUAAGCACGCUAAAGCUUUACGAGAGCAUGAAGAAACAACUGCAGGCGAAGAAAUGGUUUCUUGAUGGGAAGCUAGUUUCGGGAAAGAACAUGUUUGAUUUCUACCAAGAGUAUUGGCAACCUUUUGGUGAGCUUCUCGCUACAAUGGAAGCGGAGGGGAUGCUAGUAGAUAGGGAGUAUCUUGCGCAGAUUGAGAUUGUAGCCAAGGCAGAACAGGAAGUUGCUGUUUCUAGGUUCAGGAGUUGGGCCUCCAAGCAUUGUCCUGAUGCAAAGCAUAUGAACGUUGGCAGUGACACUCAAUUAAGACAGCUAUUUUUCGGUGGCAUUACUAAUAGUUGUAAUGGUGAGGAUCUUCCAUAUGAAAAACUUUUCAAAGUCCCCAAUGUUGACAAUGUGAUUGAAGAAGGCAAAAAAAGAGCCACAAAGUUCAGGAAUAUCAAACUGCAUAGGAUUAGUGACAGUCCUUUGCCUACUGAAAAGUUCACCGCCUCAGGGUGGCCUUCUGUUAGUGGAGCUACUUUGAAAGCCUUAGCUGGGAAAGUCUCUGCAGCGUAUGACUUUACAGAGCUCGCUGCAGAUGAUAAUUCUCUAGAAGAAAACAUCGGAGGAGAUGAGGAGUUUAUGUCGCUACCAGAUGAAAUUUUGGAAACGGAGAACUCAGAUACAUCUGUUGAAUCAGACACAUCUGCUUUUGGAACAGCGUUUGAUGCGUUUGGUGGGGGUGAAAGUGGAAAGGAGGCUUGCCAUGCAAUUGCUUCAUUAUGCGAAGUUUGCUCCAUUGAUUCUUUAAUAUCAAAUUUAUUCUUCCCAUUGCAGGGAAGUAAUGUGUCUGGCAAAGAUGGUCGUGUCCACUGCUCCCUGAAUAUCAACACUGAAACUGGGCGGUUGUCAGCUAGAAGGCCAAAUUUGCAGAACCAACCUGCGUUGGAGAAAGAUCGGUACAAGAUCCGUCAGGCCUUUAUAGCGUCACCUGGAAAUUCUCUCAUUGUUGCUGAUUAUGGGCAGCUGGAACUUAGGAUUCUGGCACAUCUUGCUCGUUGCAAAAGCAUGAUGGAAGCUUUCGUGGCCGGUGGUGACUUUCACUCAAGAACAGCCAUGAAUAUGUAUCCACAUAUUCGUGAAGCUGUCGAAAAUGGUGAAGUGCUCCUUGAAUGGCAUCCACAACCUGGACAGGAGAAGCCACCAGUGCCAUUAUUAAAGGACGCCUUUGCUUCCGAGAGAAGAAAAGCUAAGAUGCUCAAUUUUUCGAUUGCUUAUGGGAAGACUGCUAUUGGGCUUUCUAGAGACUGGAAGGUUUCGGUAGAAGAAGCUCAAGAGACAGUUAAUCUCUGGUAUAAUGACAGACAAGAAGUCCGGAAAUGGCAAGAACUACGCAAGAAAGAAGCUAUACAAAAUGGGUAUGUGCUGACUUUGUUGGGAAGGGCUCGUAAGUUCCCUGCGUACCGUUCACGUGCCCAAAAGAACCAUAUCGAACGAGCAGCAAUCAACACUCCUGUUCAGGGAAGUGCGGCUGAUGUUGCUAUGUGCGCUAUGCUGGAGAUAACAACAAAUGAACGUUUAAACGAGCUUGGUUGGAAGCUGCUUCUACAAGUUCAUGAUGAAGUAAUCUUGGAAGGACCAAGUGAAUCAGCCGAGUUAGCUAAAUCAAUAGUUGUGGACUGCAUGUGUAGACCAUUCAACGGCAAGAACAUUCUCUCAGUCGAUUUGUCUGUUGAUGCCAAGUGUGCUCAGAACUGGUAUGCUGCUAAGUAAGAUGAAUGGAGCUACGCUAUUCUUUUCUUCUCGGCUAACUGAAAGCUUAACUACGAGGCGUUGCUCUAGGUUUGUUUUUGUUUAGCUCAUCAGCUUUGUAAAAAAUAUGUUCAUAUGCGGGAAAAAAAACAAACGCUCACUUUGCUUAUCACAAUGAAAGCUAACUGUAUUGAAACAGUUUUGUUAAGACGCAUGGCUCGCGUAAGUAAAUGUUAGGCUUUUCAGUUUCUC